AUGGCACCCACAGCGCUGUCAAUGCCAGAGCCAGGUUUCGCUGCUGGCUCGAUUCCCAGUGGCAUGAAAACCUCAGUGGCCUCUGUUGGGCCAGUCGUUUCAAAGUCAGUGCAGGAUGCCACCUUUUCAAGAGCGUUGCUGACUAAUUGUCGGGUUACUGAAAUCUUGUUGCCUUGGGAGUCUGGAUUUUACAAGGAAUUUUUCAGUGAUGAACCUUUUGAGCAGUUGGUCCCAAAGAUGCCUGUGAGCGAUUUUUGCGAUUUUGGUGUUGCGCCCGAACCUCAGCAUGUCGCUCAGACUCUGGCAGGUGUUGCAUCUGAUUCAAAUCCAAACCCCAUCUUUUCGAGAUUUGUGGAGUGUAAAGAUGAUGGAUCUUAUGCCGCAAAGCAAGCCAGUUUGCGAAAUGUUGCCCUGAACAAGUUCCUUGUAGUUUUGAAGCACGACCUGAGUGGAAGUGUUGAUAGUGCCUACAGUGAACUUCAUGAGUGUGCAGGUGGAGAAGCAGGCCCAACUGGCUUGCCUCAUGCUGACAGCCAUGCUGGAGACCAUGCAGAGGUGGCCGAAGAUGGCACUGAAAAGGCGAGUCUGCUGUCAUACCUUUUCCCACCCAAAGCCGUUUCUCAGUUCGAUACCGCACCUGUCCAUACUCCGAUGUCACCGGACGAGAUCGUGCGGUUCACCGCGGCCAUAUCCAUUUGUUUGGCCUUUUUAGAGCCGGCUCACCCCAGUGAGACGAUGGCCCAGAACAUGCAGGAAGAGCGCAUCACGAACUUCGACAAGAUGAUUACCGCGUGCCGCAACAUCUUGCAGGUGUGUGGGCAUCCAAAGUAUCUCUCCUCCAUAUAUGAGUUGUGGCACCAAGCAAGUCAGUCACUGUACUUGCUUGAGCGCAUGAUGUGGCCAGAGCAGCCACCCGAGACUGCUCUGCAUUUGAUUCUGCCUGCGGCCAAUCGGCCCUUGACCGACUUGAUGCUGGACUCCUUUGAUGAGCACCACACCAGCAUCUUCCAGGCCAUCCCUGCGCUCGAGGCUUUUCACACCUGGUUUACCCAGGCAUAUGAUACAUCAUUACACAAUGAAUUCAAUGUUGUCCUCCUUGAUGCCAUGCUCCUCCUACGCAGCGUGGAAAUGCUCAUCCGGAUGAAGUUGCGCUUCCGGACGGCCCGUCCCCAUGGACCAUUGGCCGAUCCGAUUGAUCUUGAUGAAGAUCCCGCACCGGAAGUUGUUACGGCGGAACAGCAGCCUGCAGCCUCGAGCUCCACUGGCAGCACUCUGGAAUGGAUGUAA